CCUACAAUAAACCAAUAAACAAAGCCAAACGAGGCGGUUCGACCAAAAUGAAUUCUUGUUUUGACUAAUAUAGUUAUGGAUGGCUUGACAAUUACAAUUCGAAUCGACCAAUCGAAUCCAGUAUAUUUUCCACGUUCAUAGGAGUGCGUUUAUGUUUCUGCUUUACGAAUAUGGAUUUUUUUGGGCAUUUCUAAUAAUAUCCAUCCUUGUUCCUAUUUUGGCAUUUUUCAUUUUCGGAGUGUUAGCCCCGAUUAGCAAAGGGCCGGAGAAACUUUCUACUUAUGAGUCGGGUAUAGAACCAAUGGGUGAUGCUUGGUUACAAUUUUGGAUCCGUUGUUAUAUGUUUGCUCUAGUUUUUGUUAUUUUUGAUGUUGAAACGAUUUUUCUUUAUCCAUGGGCAAUGAGUUUUGAUGUAUUGGGUGUAUCUAUAUUUAUAGAAGCUUUGAUAUUUGUUCUUAUCUUAAUUAUUGGUUUAGUUUAUGCAUGGAGAAAGGGGGCAUUGGAAUGGUCUUAACUCCUGAAUAUUCAGACAAUAAAAAGAAAAACGAAAAAAAUAAGAUUGAGACAGUUAUGAAUUCCAUUCAGUUUCCUUUACUUGAUCGAAUAGCCCCAAAUUCAGUUAUUUCAACUACAUUAAAUGAUCUUUCAAAUUGGUCAAGACUCUCUAGUUUAUGGCCGCUUCUCUAUGGUACCAGUUGUUGCUUCAUUGAAUUUGCUUCACUAAUAGGCUCACGCUUCGACUUUGAUCGUUAUGGACUAGUACCAAGAUCGACUCCUAGACAAGCAGAUCUAAUUUUAAUGGAUGGAACAGUAACAAUGAAAAUGGCCUCCUCUUUAGUGAGAUUAUAUAAGCAAAUCCCUGAACCAAAAUAUGUUAUUGCUAUGGGAGCCUGUACAAUUACAGGCGGGAUGUUCAAUACCUAUUCUUAUAGUACUGUUCGGGGAGUCGAUAAGCUAAUUCCUGUAGAUGUAUAUUUGCCAGGUUGCCUAACUAAACCGGAAGCGGUUAUAGAUGCUAUAACAAAACUUCGUAAGAAAAUAUCUCGAGAACUCUAUGAAGAUCGAAUUAGGUCUCAAUGAGUGAAUCGGUGUCUU